CAGUGUAGUCAUUCACUCACUUCACAGUCAGUAUAAGAACACCAGGCCCCAGAAGGAUCCGAGUAUCACCUUGCGGCUCUUGAAGCAUCUCGUCCGAAAGCCGUCGUCGUUUCCUCGUGGCGUCGGAAGAUCCCCGCCUGCCUCGCUCUAUCUAUCUAUCCAUCAGCAUCACCCACUUAGCCUCGCUGCGAAGCACCCGACAUUGGAGUCUUCUCACAAAGCAGCUGCUAGAUUGACCGAUCACACUCGCAUCACUGAUCCCUUACUGCAUUUGAUACCAUCAUCGAUACUGAGCGCGCACUGCAUAUCCCGCCCAAGAAAACCUACAAAGACCACGAGCCCACGCAUUCCCCCCAUUGCGCCGCAUCAAACUCCAAAUUUCUGCUCACCCGCUAUGGGCCGAACAGCCAUACCGAAUGCGCUAACAGAACUUUCGAAACCAAGCACGCCCGAAGCCCAGCUCAACGCGCUCCGAAACCUCAAGAACGAAAUAGUGGGACAUGAACAGCGAAAGGAAUUAGCUGUCAUACAUGGUAUUAUCAAACCUCUCGUCGGACUACUCAAAGGCGGAACAAGGAAAGAGGAGAAGGGUGGAGUUACCAACGGCAGUGGGGCCCCGUCAGUAGUGGAAAGGGAUUGUGAAUGGGACGUAGACGAUGAAUUACGCUUACAGGCGACCCUUGUGGUGGGCAGUUUGGCGAAUGGCGGCCCGGCAUUCAUAAAACCACUGCUUGCUGGAGAUGUUCUUUCGCCACUCCUCGAGGCGUUAUCGCCAUCCGAAACGCCCCCGAAGCUGGUCCUUGCAACGCUACGUACCGUGAACCAGAUCGUCGAUGCCGUCGCACAAGAGAGGUCGGGGUGGGAUUCUUCCGUGACACUCUCACAUACAGUCACCCAGCAACUAUACAUGAAACCAGUUGUUCAACGCUUAGCAGACAUAUUCGAUCAGAGUUCCAGGCUAGGCUGCCAACAGUGGUCCUCGUUAGCGCAGCUGAUUGUGAAGACAUGUAAAGAGGAUAGCCAAAAACAGUUGUUGCUCGAAGCAGACGUUUUAGAGUUACUGACGGAGAUCAUGGCUAACGUAGCCGCAGCGGAUGAUCCUUCUAUUGCCGAAAGCUCUGGCCUUCACAAGCGUCCAAGAACUUACCUGCCUGAUAUUCUCGACGCCAUCUCGGCAAUCAUCAAGGACUCGCAUUAUUGCACCGCGAAGUUUCUUUAUUCAUCUUCGAUACAGCGCACAUUCAGAUGGCCGAACUCUAUAGGUCUAGAUACACAGGAUGAUCAACCUGGGUGGGAUGAUUUAAUACCAAGGUUGCAGACUUUGAAGAACAAACAUGAUUCUUAUGCGAGAUCAUGGCCCGCCCUCGGUACACAGACAUCAUCACCAUCAUCGACUGGCGAUAGCUACACGCGCUUGUCGAGCGUGGACUCAGUUCAACAGUCGCCAAGCAAGAACGUCGUUGUCAAUGAAUCUGAAACACCUUUGUUCACGUGGCUGAUGUUUGUGGCUCGAAGAGGGGAGGGGAGGGGAAGACUAUCAGCGUGUUGGCUCUUGUCGUUGCUAAAGAAAUUUAGCGGCAAGUGGACGCUGAACGACCCAUCUAAAUCGACGCGCGAACGGCAUUUAUCCUAUCUGAUCGUGCCUCUAAUUGUCAAGAUGAUAGACGAGGCCAACUCUACAUUGGAACAGGAGAAGCAACCCGCUGCUGCUGGCCCGUUGGAGAAGGAAGAGGUUGGUUUGGUAUUGGAACGAUCGCCUCUCAUCCUCGCAGAGCUAUGUGUAGGCAACAAAACAUUGCAGAAUGCGGCGAUCGACGCACGUGCUUUACCUGCGCUUAUUCAACUUCUGAAGAAGUCAUUUGAUCCCGUAACGGCGUCAUCCAAGCCGUUGUGGCAACCAAAAUCCUCGGUACCACCAGUCAGAGAUCCGAAUGUCGACCCUACUUCUUCAGCACUAGGCAGUCCUGGGAUUUGUGUAGAUGUACUUCGUGCCUUCCGGUAUCGAGAGAGUGCCUUAUUGGCACUAGCAGCUAUAGCAGACACCCAGGAUAGCCUGCGAAAAAUGGUCAUUGAGCUGGGGGCUGCAACUCAUAUUAUUGACUCACUUGUCCCUUACCGAGCCAACACGAACGACCGGCCAAGCUUGAUUACAGUCAAAGGUGGAAACCCUGAACCUGUCCUCGUCGCCGCGUGCGUUUUGACGAGGUCUCUGUCAAGAUCUAUCAGUGUGCUACGGACUAGUUUGAUUGAUUACGGGGUUGCACACCCAAUUUUUGAGCUGCUCGGGCAUCCCAGCAUCAAAGUGCAAAUUGCUGCUACGGAUGUUAUUAUUAAUCUCGUUCUUGAGUUUUCCCCUAUGCGUAGGGGUAUCAUUCAGGCGGGUGCAUUGAAGACCCUUUGCAGACAUUGCCACUCUGCCAACUUUGACCUACGUUUAGGUAGUCUCUGGGCAUUGAAGCACCUUUGUCUCAACCUGGAACGUACGACGAAAUUUCAUUGCCUGGAAGAGUUGGGCAUCGGAUGGCUGGUUCAAGUGCUCAAGGGGGAGCCGUCUAAAUCCGCUGCUUCUGCACCACUUGGAAUGGGGACACCGAAUGCAGCUGGCGAACAAGUGGAUCUGCUGAACGCUGCUGAUGAUCCACACAUGGAUGUGGAUGAAGAGCCUACAUCCUCGGAAGACGAAGACACCAUGAUCUCCAACAUUUCUUCUCUACGUCGGCAGCAACGUCCAGAACCUCGCUAUAUCGAUGCUAACGAAAUUCACGACCGCCUUCAGCAAAUUCGCGACGACGAACAAGAUGCUCGUGUGAAUAGCGAACGUGACGAUAUCCGUCUCCAAGAACAGGCGCUUGAUUUCAUUCGCAAUCUCCUUACUGAAGAGAAGGCGUCUGGUGAAAUGGUAGAUCACCUUCUCAAGACUGUCGGUCACAGCGCCUUUUUCGAGCUCUUGGACUCCAAACUCCGGCCAAAAAGUACCGUACAUCCAAACCCCGUAGCCUCCACCACCUCGACAAAUGGCUCAACCUAUUGGUCGCCCACACGCCACCCCUUCGCUCCUGCCACUAGUUCGACUUCGGCGCUCCCUCGCCUGCCAAACUACUCCAACUACUAUCCUCCAACCAUCCUCUCCUCAACCCUCUUCAUACUUGUUCAUAUCGCUAACGGUCGCCCGAACCAACGGGCCCAGCUUCUGGCCCAAACUUCAUUGAUGUCGCACAUACUGCCGCUCCUCUCACACCCACACCGCGAAGUACGCAGCUGCUGCGCAUGGCUAAUCCAGAACCUCAUCUGGAUAGACGAUCACACCGAUGAACCUGCUUCGCGCGAGCGCGCCAGCAUACUUCGCAAUCUGGGCUUCGAAGAGGGCGCUAGGCUGCUAAGCAGGGAUGCCGAUCGCGAUGUCAAGGAGAGAGGUAAGACGGCUCUUGAGCAGAUGAUCAAGUUGCUUGGACCGCCAAGUACAACGACCAGUGGCCUACCCAGUUUCUCACAUCAUCCUGCUAGCGGUGGUGGUGGUAAUGGCAAUGGCCCGGGGGGUGUGUUCGGAGGAGGAUCAGGGGAUCCCUCGGGUCUAGGGGGGAUGAGGUUGGGCGGAUUGCACGCUUCGAGAGGGCCGUCUGGAAGAUGGGGAACUGGACACGAGUGAAGCAUACCCAGACCUAAAACUAAGGGGACUGGUUUAUCUGACGCGAUACGAGAUGAAAGAGCACGAUCAUGACGAAUUGAGUUUUCUUUCAGCUUCUUCUUCCAGCUUCUUCUUCCAGCUUCUUCUUUUUGCGCACACACAUUAACUGCGCGUGCCUGUUCUUCUCCUACCCAACACUUUAUUGGGACUUCGGUCUCGUUUGUCUUUGUAUGUAUGUAUUGUUAUGUCAUGUGUAACGCGUUUCCUUGGGUCGACUCUGUUUUGUUACACCUUUUUUUUAAUGAGAUUCUCAUUACGCUAAGAAAUUGCAAAUGAAUAAUUCUUCAUACGUAUCGUGGUAACAUUGUGUCUUCGUGUUAUGUAACAAGGCAGUAUGGAUGUUUAGUGUAUGCAGGAUGAUGCUUGAGUUUAUGGCAUUCUUUUUCCUCCUUGAGUGCGUGUAGAGUAAGUACACAGCAUGCCAUCUCUAAUGUGACGACGGUAUUUUGUUACAUGAACUACUUGUAUCCAUAGCACAAUGCCUCUUUUCUCAUCUACAUCUCUCACAUCAAAUCGUCGGCCUUCUGAUUGGGUUUCCAGCCACAAUGUGACUCGAAAAUAUCAAUUCUGCAGGUUCUCUCCGUUCGUUAUCUCUACGUACAUAGGGUCUCGGUCCAAGAAUACACGGAUCUCGUGAACUUUUCAAUGCCCAUUCCAAACGUGCAAAAAUUGCAACCCUGAAACCACACAUUGCGUGCAGUGCCCCACGUCACAUCACCAACAUCACCAUCCUCCUCCCCGACUUCCAACCAUCCACUGCCCUUCACCCGCAAAAAAAAAGAGGCAUAUCCCAGUGCUUUCCAAAC